CAUCUAAAACUCGUGACGUCGUUUCCAUGUUUACACGUCUUAAAAUUGCAAUGGCCGCUCGAAACUUAGAAUAAUGUUCCGGAAUUAUUUAACUAGAUAAAUCAAUGGUUGACAUCGCAAACAGAAGUAGCUACGUCGCUUUUGGUCAGUAUCGAAUUUUCCAGCACAAAAUGUAGGUAAGGCCAAACUAAUUCGCUAUGUCGGAGAGCAGAAGCGAAAACCCGUUAAGACAACCCAGGCUAAGUACAAAGUCUAGCUUUACCCCAAAGGCUUCAGACACGAACAGCAGUGGGCUGUCUGUCCAACUUGAAAGCAAAUAUCAAAAUUCAGAUUUCAAUACUGUCGUGACUAAAAAUGUGAAUCAGAAUUCCGAGUCAGGUUAUUUAAAAAGAAACCGAUCGGAAUCCCGCCCCCGGACCGUGGCGCAGAAUGUAAGCGUCAAUCGGGGGCGGGCAGAAGACGCCCGGGGCUAUGACGGCGAGAGAGCGGAAAGAUACAUUAACCGGAGGGCGAGGUCAAGUCUGGAUGGUGUGACUACACGCAGUUAUAACGACAGGCGAGCGAGUGCUGAAUUUGGUCGAGGUUUCAUCAUGGACGCCGUCAUACAGAGCGGGUUGGACAAGGCCAAGAACUUCGUGAGACUCAGUAACGAGAUCGAGCAGUCGCUGGCCAGUGAACUUGGGGGAGCGAGGCGGCCGUCUACCCUGAACACGCUUACCUCUGGCGACAUCCCCCAAAGCAUGGAAUAUUCCAGAGACCGCAGUAACACAGAGUGUUCGAACAUUUCUGUCGUCCAUAAAUCCAGGACACAGUCUGAGCCUCCCGUUCGCCGACACGCGCUUGUGCACGGAGGUCUAAUUAAUCAUGUCAAUAACGAGAACUUUGAAAAGCAGGAAAGGGUGUCGCCAGGCUUCAGACGUUUUGAAAGUGUUCGCCCGUCAUCUGCGGAGAAUUCCCCGAAAAAGAAGAAGAAAAAGGCCAAUAAGGAUGCGACAAGCAUGACCCCACAACGACUUAAGCAGCAUUUGGGUGAGGAGACCUACAAGGUGGUUCUCACUUCCAGCGGUAUGUCACAGAACAACGCAGAGACAAAGGAAACAAGCAGCCUCACUAAACAGCUGUUAGAGGGCAGCGUCAUCAACUCAGACACCACCGUGCGCACCCCUCCACCCAGCUACAAAGUCCAUACCCCACGGAUGACGUCAUCUGAUGCUAAGAGAAACGAAGCACCUCCCACUGAUGCUAAAGACAGCUCACCCAAUCCAAACUUGGUUUGCAAAGUCGGUGAUACGAAAAAACGAUUCAGAGAAUGGCAACCUUGUCCCUCCCAAACCCCGCCUAGGCAGGAGGUGGACGUCUCAAAUGAAUCGCCACAGACAAAACAACGAUCUGAAACUAAUCUACAGCAAGAGAGCGAACAGAAACCGAAAACAAAACUAAAAACACCCCCAAAGGUACAAACAUCUCCAAAACAGGAGACUCAGUCAUCCAAAAAUGAAACACAAUCUCCUAAAGGUGUGACCCAACCUCCAACAGGUGGAACCCAAUCUCCUAACGGCGUGACCCAAUCUCCAAAAGUAGAAACGAAAACUCCAAAAGAACCACGCAAACAAUCGAAAGCAGAUAGCAAGCCGCCACCACCAACAGUGGCAGAUAGCAAGCCGCCACCAGUGGACACACAAGACGAGGCCCAGUCUCAACCGUCGCCGUGCAAACCUCAACACAAAAGUCGAAUCUCGUGCAAUAAGCGAUCACCACGGGAGACGAAAAGCAGUUCCCCAGUUCGCGACCAUGAGCAGAGACAGUCACCUAGAACAAAGGGGGAUAAAAAGUGCAAAUUAAAGUUCUCCCCCUGUAACAGGAGAGACAAAAAAAGGCACCCGUGUGGCUGGGGGCCGGGUGGCAACAGAGGUAUCGCAUUCUGUCGGAAAAACUUUUUCGGAAACAUCGCGCAGGCUGUUGGAGACCAACUUAGCUGUAUAGCCUUUAGGAACAGUCUGUUCAACUCAUUCCCGGGAAUGAUGGGGCUGUACCGACCUGAUAUUGGCAUGGACAGCCUGUUUGCCAACUAUUCUGACGACGACGGUGACGAGGCCAAAACGUGUAAGGCGGUGGACGACGGAGAGGAUACGUCGGACCAGUUCUCUACACAGGAGAAGCUGGACUCGGAGAAGGAGGACGUACGUGGUCGCCGAAAGUCGUCCUCUUCAGUCCCUCCCACCGGCUCAAAGAGACCGUCCUACUACUCCCCUCCGCUGGAGGUCAACAAAAAAGAAAAGACGGCACACACCUCCCAGAGGAAGCUUCAGGCCAGCGUAGAGUACGUCGAACCCGCCUCGCCAGUACCGACUGAAUACUUAGAUGACGAGCUGCUAACUAGAAAGGAGCUUACGCAAGACAUCGCUUACACGUCAGCGCCUAGCUCUAGAAGAGACAGCAUACAUGUAUCUGAGAAAGUACCCCACAGCUCACGAAGAGAGAGCCUGCAUAUUCAAGAAACAACAGGCAUUCCCUCACGAAGAGAGAGCCUGCAUAUUCAAGAAACAACAGGCAUUCCCUCACGAAGAGAGAGCCUGCAUAUUCAAGAAACAACAGGCAUUCCCUCACGAAAAGAGAGCCUGCAUAUUCAAGAAACAGGCAUUCCCUCACGAAGAGAGAGCCUGCAUAUUCAAGAAACAACAGGCAUUCCCUCACGAAGAGAGAGCCUGCAUAUUCAAGAAACAACAGGCAUUCCCUCACGAAGAGAUAGCCUCCACUUUCAAGAAAUAGAAGGUUCCCCUUCACAAAGAGAGAGUCGCCAUAUUACAGAAAUACCAUUUUCCUCAUCGCGAAGAGACAUUAUGCUAGCUUCACAAACUACAGUCUCUCCCUCGCGAAGAGAUAUUCCUGAAAUAUCACACGCAGCAACUCCUGCCCCCAUAAGAGAAAGUCUACAAAUCUCAGACACAGCACUUCCUUCUCCUCGAAGAGAAAGUUUACACAUAGAGGCAGCAGCUCACGACCGGCGUGAAUCCUUUGUGGAUUUCUCAUUAGAAUCCACCCAGCCGUCGUCCCCAGCUAUAGCCCUGCCAGAGUCGCCAACAGAAACACCAGCUCCACACCCACUUUCUCGAAAAUCCUCGGGAAAAUCUUUGCAAGAGGUUACUCUACUCCCAGAGGAAAUGACAAUAGAGAUAGACAGAGUACCGGUGCAAGUUCCAUCCAUUCGAAAGAGUAUCGUGGAAUCAAAAAGAAUUAGUGUUGAGAAAAAAUCUUACGAUUCUCGAACGGAGAGCCAGUUUGUUGAUUCUAUUUCAAUCUGCUCCACUCCACAGUCUCAAAAGGGUUUACCUCCAAGAAAAGCAAACGUGUACGAGGACUACGACAGGAGAGCCUCACACAAACGAAUGUCUGAGAUCUGUGCCCAGUGCUCUGAUUACAAGAAAUAUCCCCGAGACGAUAUAUGCGAUAAAUAUUUACAGAGGGGCCAAGAGCAACAGGUCUACGACCCGUGUCAACGUUUUGAACAGUCUGACAUGAAACAGAGCAAAACUCAGAGCUCUAGGCUUAAAACGUACUUAGAGAUGGGCAAAGACGUCAUCGCGCAGGUCACUCCCCCACGUGAAACAGACGCCAUACGGAAAUACUCCCCGCCAACAGAAUCCCAUUUCCAGUCUAGGGUUAGUUUUGCUGAGCACUCUGCACAAGAAGUCCAACAAAAACAAAAUGUGGACCACAUCUAUGAUGGGUGGUCGAACGUGAUCGUCGGAAGGAAAUCCCAUCCCAGCCGAGGUGAGUGCGCCAAAGGAAGUGACUCGUUGCCUAUAACAGAUAUGGAGCAGUUUGUCAUAGUUCCACAAUCGCAUUCGUACGAAACUGAACAUGGGAGGUUUAGAGAGAAUGAGUCACAAAUCUUAAUUCACAGCGAAUCAACAGCUGCAGCUAUUGAAGGUCGAAAAAGCUCUGGACCUUCAGUCAGACGCCGCUCAUCUCAGUCCCAGGACCAGAGACCCUCCAAGGGAAGUAAAGUUCUAUCCGGCGGUUCGUCGGCAAAGUAUGUCAGGUCAGGAGGUGUUUAUUCCACCGGGAGAUGUGCGUCUGAAUCUAGCAGUGUUUGUUCCGGGCUAGAGGAAGAAAAGGAAAAACGCCCUCGACCUUCAACACGAGCUUCACGUCAUCAUUCGAUCAGGGAGGAGGCAAACGUUGUUGUCAUGACGCCCAAAAAUUAUAUUUCACAGCAAAAGCAUGAGACAUGCAUUUCAGACUGCAGCGACCCAAACAACCCAAGUUUAGAUUGUUUUGAUACAUUGAUUACUACGGUUAGUCCUCAAAAGAAGCGGUUUUUUGAAAAAAAGAGCGACGACAGCGUAUCACGAGGUAAGCCUUUUGACGAUCACUACAAGGAGUAUUGCGAGAAAAUGCGGUUGCUCCAACUCCGAUCGAGCAGCGCGGGUAGAGGCUGGGAUCUCGAGGAUGAUGCACAGUCCAUUGUCUGCGAUAGUCUACUCGUUUCUAGCUCGUUAAAAAGAAAUUCAAGUAGAAAAACAUCGGAAUCGAGAAAAUCAGAUAGUCGCAGAGAAAGCGAGUCGCCAACAAAAUCAACCCGUAAUGGAUCUAAAACGUCAAGGAUCUCAUACCAAGAGGAUCCCAAGGUGGCAACUUGUGAAGAGCGACAAACAAUCAACUCGUACGAAACGUCGUCAUGGAAAGCCUCUCCCAUGGACAGACACGUCUCAUCUACUCACAACCCGCUCCAGGUCAACGACACUAAGCACGAGAGUGACAACGAUGACGCGUCAUAUUCUGAUAAGAGCGACUCGCCCACCCUGGACGAGCCCCCUUCACUUGACACAGAUGACAACAAGCUGGAAUCUCCAAUCUUUGUUCCAGAUAAAGAUUCCAGCAAGCCGUCCUCGAGCAGCUCUAAUCCCGACAACGAUGUCGCGUCUAACCAAUCCAGAGGCUCCAUGCGAUUUCAAGAGUUAUACAAGACUAAUGAGUCGUCCCCAGAGCACCGCGAUAGCCUAGAUACUACAACAGAAAAAUUCAAAGACACCUCCAGGUACCUCCAAGUUCACUCUAGCAAGGAAAGCAAGCAGAGACGCUCUCAUGAUUACAAACGGCGAGAGGGAGAUACGUCAGACCUGCAAAGUGACUCCGAUAUAACCAAAUCGGAGUGCGACAAUGAUGAGGACAUAUGCAGAAACUCACCUUCCGGUGACAUGUGCAGUCCAGCUCAUAUUCGAAAAAUUCGUGGUCGAAUCACUUUCCGCCGCUCAGAAGAUUCGAAAAAUUGCCCAAGUUCCAAAAGUACUGCCGUCUCUAUACAGAACGGCACGGUGAAAAUGAUAACUUCACCAAAAGGGAUAAAAAUUGUCAAGUGCUGUCCAGAGGAGGGCGACACCUCGCUGAGCUCAGAGUGCUCGACCCUUCAUGAAAGCUCGUGUCACGCCAUUCCCGUCUCCAACAACUCGAGCAAAACAUUGCCGACACGCUCGAGCGGACGGCGUGUGGACGAGAACAUGCAGAAAUACAUGCGAGACAGCCAGUACAUCAAGGAUCGCCAGAGACGGCUACAGGAGCUGGAGCAAGACAACACUCACAGCUGCUCACAGACACGUGACCACGCCCUCCGACACCACAGCCCCGUGCCGGCUCCCAGAGCUGCCAAACACCGAAACUACUCUAUUAGCUACUCACGUAAAGCUGAAGGUGUGCCCCUCUCUGAUGAAUCCAGUGCUAGUAAAAUGAGCUUACGGUCGCGGUCCAACUCGUCGAGAAGUCGUCUGGAAUCUCGGCCAAUCGAUAAGUUUAGUCAGGUGAUUACGCCCGAGCAGCCCACGUAUACGCGCAAGCAGCAAAAACCCAGCAGUGAGUCAUCUGGGCAGCUUUCAGAAAAGGUCGAUUAUAUUGGAACUCCCCAAGUUAUACCCAGCUCAAAGACUCACCGAAGCAAAGAGAGCCCUGCAAAAAUGGCGCUCAAGUUGAACACCCACGCCGAUACAGACGAGUCUUCAGGUUCUUGUUUCUCGUCGCCAAGAAAAAAUCCGUUUUUAUUUGUACCGAGCCAGUUUAUACCGAACGACGAUUCAGAGAGCAUGGACGCCAGCAACAACAAGUGCAGGCAGAGAUCAGACAGUAGCAGGAGAACGUGUCCACAGAAGCUCAGUGCCGACGGCGUGCAGGUCCCCAGGAGGCGACGACAAACCCACGUCGAUUCUUCCAACAGUCCUGGCCACUUUGUACCGGAAGACGAUUACCUGGACAUAGAAUCAGGUGCAUCUGAUCUAGCAGCCUUGUCAAAAAACAAGAACUGUUCUUCUAAUGCCGAAAGAGACAGGAACUCGUCGUCUGGUGGUGACCUGUUGUACCCAGACUUCGCCUACCACUGUGGGGUGGUGGACACGCUACGACUGCUGGAUAUGGACAACGUUUCUUCCUCAGCAAGCACCCACCUCUCUUCGACAGAGGGUAACUUCGAUAACUACAACCUCCGCCGAAUCUUUAAUCUGCGGUCCACGUGCCACCUGGAAAACGAGGAAUUCAACGAAUUUGUCAAAUCCCUGCCGUCUAUGUCUGUCAACAACGACGACGAUGAAGCUUUUGAGCAGAUUCGUCAGAACAGUAUUAAAGCUCUUCUUUUUGCUGCCUCGUUAUCCAACAACUAUUCGCCGUUGUUGCUUUUCUCCAACGAAACAUCGAGAGACACGGCUCGAUGGAUCCAACAGAUCAAAGAGAGAAGAGAAACAGAGAAGAUAAAAGCCUCUGUCACUAGUGAAUCAGUAGAAAGUCCAUUCAUGGACAUGAACCAUAACAUUGCUUUUCCCAACAACCGGACGGCAAUGCAUCACUCAAACGAAGUGUUUGACAACAGCGUCAACAUCGCACCUACAGGUCAUUCAAACGUCACACCCCAUCAGAGCUGUACUGUUGCAUCUCUGUCUGUAACGGAGGAAAAUUCUUCAAACGUUGAACUCAAACAAAGUCCCAACAAAGAAGUGUCACACGACUUUGACAGAUUAAGCUCUCUCUGUAAGCUGUGUUCAUCUAGAAGUGUCGGAGUCGAUACCUCGGUGCCCCCAGCACCUAAGCCCAUCACUAGAGGGGUCAAGGUUCAGGUAGCGAGCUCAAGAAACGCAGCCAUUCAAACACAAAACGAUGCCAGAAAAACACCCAAAUCAGACAAGGGAGAAAACACAGAGCAGCAAUACUUCACAAAAGACUUUGAAGUCAACACAAAUCUAGACAAUCUUAACUGCUCUAAGACUUGCCGAAAAACACGAACAGAGGUUAAAGCUAAUAAACCAAAGGUGUCUUACGUCCGGUCUGUGUCAAGAGAAUUGAGUAAGCACUCAGACACAAAGCUCGAGUCCAAUAAAAAAUGUUGUGCUCUCCCUUCAAACCGUAACAUGAAAGACAUCAUGAAUUACCUGUCUCGUCCUUUGUCUCUGGGCUCUCUCACGCGCCGAGGAAUGAAAAGGAUGCGCCCACAGUCGUCGAACCUUAGACUGAGGGCUAGGAUCCGUUCAGCAGAGAGGCGCCGUGCCAAGACUGGCCGAUCUCUGAGUGCUGAAAGUCUGAGCGUUUGUGCGGGAGACAAGCGAGACUCGUCUUGUGACAGGGAGGUCUGCCAAAUCUCAUUCGGCCACAGACCGCGGUCUAGGAGCGUCAAACACAGGAGCAACAAGACACGUCUCUGUCGUAAAGACUCGCCCGUUGAUAGACACGUCAGGUGUGGCUGUAACGACGAUGAAGCCAAUGAAGGCCAAACGACCGUCAAACGCGUGAUUAGCAGCUCCAACGUAGGAGCAACUGCACGAGAUAGCUUUGCAGUGCAUAAAAAGACCAGAGGCUGUGGCGCAAAUGCUCAUUUGUCAAGUCACGAGCAACUUUUAAACGCAUGUGCCUGCUCACGGUGUCAGCUUAAAACACAAGAUACAAGAAAAACAACCAAAGAUUGUCAAUGCGCAUGCCGAGCCCACAGACCGAAAAAUGAUAAGAAAGAUUGUUUCGAAGACAGUCAUAUUUCCCACAAUAAAACAAGGAAUAAUUCUGAAAAUUGCUACGACGAGGGAGCGACAUAUUUAGAUAACGUCACAGUAUUUGUCGUUGCAUCUGCUAGUUCGGCCAGUGAAGAAAACGGAGCGAAUAGAAUCAGCCCACGACAAGUGAGGUGUGAGAACACAAAGAAAAAGAAAUACAGGAAAAAGAUGCUAAAGAAGGCGCUGAAACACGCGGCGUCUGCUCAUUCUGAGGGCUCCAAUGAUGAGCCCCGUGUGCUCGACCACCUGAACAAGACGUGCAACAAAUCGUCGAGUUACACCGAGAACCAGGAGCGUCACUUCUCGUGGGACAACGUCACCACUGAUGAGUCGGACAACGUGCAGUACCUGCUCCAGCCAGAGAUGGACUGUCUGAGUGAUGAUAUGACCUACACGUCGUCACUAUGCGAUGAUUUUAUUUCUGGUUACAAUCUGGGCCAACAAAAAAAUGUCAAUAGAAAGUUGGGUCAGGCCUCAAGACAUGUGGCCGGAUUACAAGAAAAUUCAAACCCCCAUCUCAAGCGUAAAGAAAAGUUUGUUUCUACGGCUAAACAAAACCGUUCCAACAGUUCCAAAUGGAACACGGGAGCUUUUGGUUUCGGGAGCUCAGAUUCCCUGACCCACUCGGUGGAGGACAACACUUUGGAGUCUCCGGAUCUCACCAGCCAAGUGACGGACGCAUCAAGCGUUUUCCUCAGAUACCAAGAUAUGAUUGGCCGAGUGAGAUCAUGUGAUCAAUGUUCAGCUGCGUCAGACUGUACGCCUAAGGUGCCGACUAUCCAGGAUAUGGCCAACGCGCUGAGAAAUGCUGCCAUGUUAAACUCAAAGUAUUCUUCAGAUCAGGAAAUGGACAUGUCGGAAAACAUCAGUCUGGAAGAGAUACGAUCAAGCAGUGUCGACGGCUACAGCUAUUUGAAUGGAUGGCACAUGUGUAAGGAAGACGAUAAAUGCAUAACGCCUAUCGACGAAGAGCCCAGCAAUCAAGACUUUAGUCUGGACCAAGAAACAAAAUAUGAGGAGGGUAGAAUAAAAAAGAAGCGUGAUACCAGUGUUGAGAAAGAAACGGAAUCGCAGCAGAAACCUACGUCGUUAAAGUUUUUGCAGUCCAUCCUAGACAGCCAAGUCAAAGUGUUGUUCGACAAAGCAAUUAAGAAAUGGACCUCCCCAGUGCGACAGAAGUUCGAACAGAUGGAGAAGGGCAAUGCCAUUCCACAGGAGCUUGAUUUGCAGAUAAAAGGCUCAGAACUAAUAAAUCUGAAUGUGGAAAGGGAUGAUAAGCCUACAGCAUUAGCUAAAGAAGCUAUACCCAAAAUAGAAACACCCAAGGAAAUGUCACCAACGAAAGAUGCAUGCGAAGCCAAAGUUGAGCCGAGUCACCCGGCCGAAGAUGUACAGCUUCAGGAGCCUGGAGGCGAAGACAGCACGAACAUGGUUAAAAGUGGAUCAAAGAACAAGAAGUCAGAAAGUAAGAUCAAGCCUGCUUCACCAGAAUCAAAGCAGAAAAAACAGAGCACUCAGGGAACCAAGAAAUCUGCUCGGGCGAUGAAAGGGGAUAGUGCUGGUACAGAGAAACAUGGCGGGAAGAGCAGGUCUCCAUCUAAAACUAAAUCAGAAACGGCUGAGAUAAAUAACAAAUCUACGUCUGGUCAACCAUCGCAGAAAAAGCAUUCGCCGUCUCCGAAACGCCGCCGUCUUUCGACUGCAGCCAGCGAGCCUCACAGACCGAGCAAUAGGGCCAAGUCCCCUAUAGCCAACGCCGAGGGCAGAAAAUCUCCGGUCUUAAAAACCAUGGCUGGGUCAGCUGACAGCGGCCAAUCGUUUCCAUCCCCAAAAGGACAGCACAAGAAUUCAAGCAACACAUCCAAACACAAAAAGUCAAAAUCAAAACUGAAAAAAAGCCCGGAACAUUCAUACGUGGACGAGAGCGUCAACCUAAGCAACAGGUCACAGAUAUUUAAGGCGUGUGGGAUCUCGCGAAUAGCGAGUAACUUGAAGGUCUUACCAGUACCCGCACAUAGUUUGUCCUCUACAUCCUCAAUCACAGAGGAUUUAAAGCAAAAGAUUUUAACGAGCUGCAAACAUUUCAAACACGACAUUAUGUACCGCAAAAUGAUGGAGGAAUUGAUGGAGCGUAAACUCGCUUCCCAGCCUGAGAAGAUUGACGUCUUUGAUAUGGAACCAGAGAGUCUUGCUGAAUGUGACGCCUUCGAGUCAUGUUUGCUGACUCCUAUUAUAGAAGAAUCUCACACUCCAUACGAUCGGUCUAAAAGUGAUUUCAAUGCCUUCGUCAACGAGUGUAAAAGUAAGCUGAAGGAAAUCAGCUACGCCAGCGAUAAGACACUAUCAGACAAAUCCUUGUCCAACAUUAGUGCCAAGCUGUCCAGCUCUUCCACGGCUAGCGAGACCCGGGGCAAGUUGGACGCUAACAAACUAGAUUCAAUCGACCACAACCUUAGCGCCGUCGCAUCCAAACCCGUCGGUCGUUUGACCAAUGUGGAUGUGCAUUCUACAUCACAAGAAAAAACUGUGUCCGUUAGUGAAGAGAUGCCAGCGUUACAUUUAAAAAUCCCUUUCAAAUCAGCUUUCUUAAGGAACGAGCUAAGCACGUUUCAUAGCGAGGAUCAAGUCAACACCCCUUUAACUAAAGAAGAAUUACUAAUUAGCCGCUACUCAUCAAGGAAAACUGACUACAGGUAUCAUGUCGGGGAAGACUUGGUGUCAGACAAUACGUCAGAAAAUACCAACUUCUCAAAGACAGUGACUAGGUACGGCGAUCCAGGCGAGAUCUCUAGGGCCCCCAUUUUGCGGAAACAUUUUCACUCGUAUGGGACGUAUCCCAAGCUUAACUACAACUACACUGAUUCCGCCUACAAAUCGUCCUACCUCAAGGCCUCUGCUACUGAGUUCACUGACUCGUACACAUCAUCGCGUCUCUUUGGGCGCGCACGUUUCAACUCGGCGCCCACAGAAUAUCAAUGGAUCCCCCCGAGCAGCGAGGACCUGGGCAAGGCACACGGCGAUCUUGUGACCAGGAAUUGGAACGAGAGCGCCAACAACGGUUACGAUUCUUCCUCGUCUGACAACUCGAGCGGUAACGGCCACCUGUGCGUGGAGGAGGAAGAAGACGAGCACAAUGAUCUUGCUGGGAGAAAUGGCGUCAGAGUCAGCGGUUACCAUGGCAAACUACUGGCCUCAACAAUAGUGGAUAAGAAAUGCGAGGACGCUAAAAGCUUCCAAGCAGCAAACGACCAUUUUAAGCGACGCGGUAAGCUGCAGGCGUGUGAAGAUCCGUGCUGCGGGUCCCACGAGCAGACCUGCAACCCGUACGAGCUGCUGAAACCCCACACACAGUCCAACUUGCUAUCUAACUUCGCCACUCGAAAUAUCAAUGGAAGCGGGAACAUGUUUGGCCGGGGUGGGAGGCAGACGGACGAGCUCCGCAAAAACAAUCACAGGCCCACCGAUGCCCAGAUGGCCGACAGCGAUGAAGACUUUACCUCAGCUUCCGAGGAGAUGUCACAAUUUUCCAGCGUUAAACUGAGGGGAAAAUUUAUUAGAAACGAGGCACAGGAAAUGGACGACACAUGCAACCAUCCGGAUCCGAUGAGUUAUUACGGAGCUGGCGGUCCUAAUUCGCAGUUUGAUGUCUUCAACGGAGCCCCCAAAGAAGAUCUUCUUAUGAAUUUAUAUCCCUCAAACGAUGAGCACGCAACAGUUAUAUCCUCGUACAGACAGAAAUGCAAUGCUGAAAAACUUCAGGAGACUUUAGAAAGGCAAGCGACGUCUGAGAAUAAAGCGAGCUGCAGCGAAAGAGAACUCAAUCAACAACAAAUAGACAAAGUGCCAUUCUGUGGGCAGCGGAACUGUUUUGGUCAAGGUGAUACGUCAAGCAAAAAGGCAUUUACACAAUGGUACUUUGAGGACGGGGAGAAGAACCGACUCUUACAAAGGCGAGCUCCAGACGCGACUAAGUUCGUUCAUAGGGAGGCUUGGAGUGAAGCUUUGCAGAAUGACAGCAAGUCUGGCGAGUGUGGGGAGGAUGAAGGGGACGAAGAUGAUGAAGAUGAAGACGAUGAAGAUGAGGAAGAGGACGAGGAAGAAGAGGUGGAAGAAGACGAAGAAGAGAUAUACGAAGAAGAGGAAGGAGACAGCGAAGAAAGCAACGAUGAAGCCGAGAGUAAAGAACAUUUGGUGGACGAUGCUCCGUGUGGUGAUGCUAAGGCGUCGGACAAGACCGGGGUGGACGGCCCACCUUUGUCUGGUGAUCAAGACAUGCAAAGAGAUUCUAAAAACAACAUUGAUGCGGGCGAUCAAAGAAAAGUCUGUACUAAUGCGGCACAUAAGAUAAAAGGACCUGGAUCGAAAACAUUGCGCUCUUCUGGAAAAAAUUCCGGUCACCAGAGGUGUAACAACGCCCACAAAGCUGGCUAUCAUAAGUUUUCUUUAGAUCAGAUCAAAGUCCCAGCCAUAGAGAAAGAGCGUGUCCGUUUUGCGUGCGAUGAGAACGGGGAUUGGGCGGAGAUUGGUCGCGGCAGUUACGGCUGCGUCUAUCUGGGUCUUCUGGAUGGCAUCAUUGAGGUGGCUAUCAAAGAUUUCUACGAGUCGAGCUCGUGGGACUUGGUCAUCCACGAAGCCAGAAUGCUAAUGUUCCUGCAGGAGACAGGCAUCACGCCAAAGUUUUAUGGCCUCAGGCGACGCUUCGACGUGAGCAAACAGCCCAGCGAGUACUGCAUCAUCAUGGAGUAUUUUGGCGAUGGCCGCACGCUCUUCAACGUCCUGUCCGACAAAAUUGCCCUGACCAGGGACGAGUGGCUGGACAUUGUUGGUCAGCUGGUGGCCGGACUACGGCUGAUUCACCGAAAAAACAUUUUAAUCAAUGAUCUCAAGGCGGACAACAUUCUAAUUGAUUUAACGGGAGGACGUAAGAUAAUUCGCUACAUUGAUGUUGGCAUGGCAACGUACAAACAAGGCCUGACCUUUCAACUGCCGCAGGACCAGAUGAGCAAGUACAACUUCCUGGCACCCGAGGUCCGAGAGGGGGCGAGAACCACGACCAGGUCGGACAUCUACAGCCUGGGGUACAUGCUGGAGCAGAUGAGCCGACUGGCGGACUCGGCCCUGGGGGGCCUCAAGAAACUCAUCGUUCGCUGUACGGACAAGAACCCGGCCCGCCGACCGGAUAUCGACGACAUUGUGUCCCAGGUCCACCGCUUCAUCGCCUCCAAGGCGUGUGGUCCCGUCGUGCCGGCCAACGCACAGGAACAGUUCCUGCUGACCAACAGCGUCUAGGGCCAGGGCACCAGUCCAUACACUGGACCAAUGUUAACUCAGUAUUUACUUUUAUAAAAAUGCUAGAGCAAUGUUUUACUCCCUAUAGCCACUAAAUGGCUUUAGUAUUUUUAAAACUCAAUAUUUUCACUACUUGUGAUGCCUCUAUGUAUUUACUUUUAUAAAAAUGCUAGAGCAAUGUUUUACUCCCUAUAGCCACUAAAUGGCUUUAGUAUUUUUAAAACUCAAUAUUUUCACUACUUGUGAUGCCUCUAUGUGAAGGCGACAUGCAUGUGGCCUAUCCUUCAUUUUGUGUCGGGGACAAGGAGAAGUGACACAAAUGUGUUGUAUUUUCUUUUAAGUUUGUUGGAGAACAACUUUGCUCGAGAGCAGAGUUAACAUCUAAGUUCGCAUGAUGAAAAACUUAACAAAAAAAAUAAUGUAUUUUUUUGAAAAUAUUACUUGAAGAUAUUUGAAUAGCAUGUAGUAUUCUAGUGUAGCCUGCUUCACCGUUUGAUAGCGUGAUUUUAAAAGUGCGUCAAUGGACCCUCAACUUACCAGCUGAUUUAUUGUCUAUGGCAAACUCAGAUUUAAACUUGAAAAAAUGUCGUUAAAAUUGUAUCUAGUCACUUGACCAAAAUAGCCAAUAAAAACUUGAAGAACCGCAGUAACCCUAACGUAAGGUUAGCACUUGCUUAAACUUUAAAUUUACUAAAUACCAGUUGUCCAGAAAUAUAGGAAUUAGAAAAUUAGAAAAAAACAGUACCUUUUUAUUUGACCAUUUUAUGGUUUAAAUAUUAAAUUUAUUAAAAGAAAGUAGAUCAACAAUAGCAGUGGACAUGCAUGAACCAUAACUAUCGGCGACAAAGGGAAAUAAAUAUAUAUAUAUUUUGUAUUUCACUUACUACAAAAAAACUUUUGAAUGUUUUACAAUGUUUAAUUUGUAUUAAAUUUACUUGCCAAUAAAUUUUUAUACAUCAGCAAAUAUUCAUCAACAACAUUUUUUGCUUUAGUAUUUCGUUUUGAAUA